GUUCUCUCGAGUGACGUUUAUCGUAUUUUUUCCACAAAAUAUGCCUGGAGAAUGAUAAUGUCUAUAGUAGACUUACAUGAAAAAAUAUCCCUCUACUAAUUGUGCAACAAUAUUCAGUCAGUGCUUAUUUCCACAAAGUGCGACACAUAAAGACACUGAGAAAAUGAAACUAGGACAACUUCCUUACAGUAGUCAAGGCCGACCAACCCAGCCUCACCCCUACCGCCAACCUCUCGAUGUCAGGUGCUCUCCAGACACGCCUAAUGCUCCCUUGAUUACCAUUACUGAGAGAGUUGACUGAGCGUAAUGUAAACCGCGAUCUUGGUGUAAACAUUCUCCACUUUGUAAAGGUCUCACGUAAAUUCGUUCCUACUGAACAAGCUCGUUCGCCAUCUCUUCAUAAUUGUUCUGGUGCUACCUGAUAUAACCUGACAGUAAUUGCUGAUGCGGAGUAUUUAUACUUUUUGGGUAAGAACUGGUUGGGGAACAAUCUGCCAACUGUUUAGUUUUAUUUACACACGGAAUGGGCUCGCUAUUUCAUUGACUUAGUCCCUGAUUCCAUAAUAUUCCCUGUGCAGUGUAAUAACCUAGCACCAGCCUUCAAUAGAUUGUCUUAGAAUAAUGUGCAUGAUAAACUUAUCCAUUCUUCAUGCCUGGCUUAGUAUGCUUCAUUUGACUCCAUGGAAAAUGUAAUGGCAGUCUUCCUUCAAGUAAAACAAGCGUUGUGCAAAGUGUUAGAAAAUCUCGCAAUAGUUACAAGACAAAUUUUGGUAAUACUAGAAACAGAUAUAACACUGCAACUAGAUUACAUAAGAAAUUCAGCUUCGUUCACAUAAAUCCUUCAAAAUUAAACGAUUGUAGUCCUAAUCCUUACAAGUAAUCUCCGCACAAGUGAAUGAAUUUAGAAAAGAAAAUGACAAUACCCACGAACCCUCUCGAAGAAGAAAACACCAGCGCCGUCUACGAAACAAUGACUAGCUCGCUCGAAAAUACCACCACCUUAAGCACAGGUGCCUCCACCCCGUCCCUCCUAUCACCCUGGGCACUAAACAUGGCCAUCAUCUCCGGACUGGCUGUCUCCCUCAUAGGCGGCUUGGGGAACCUUGUGGCCGUGACCGUCCUCGUGCAGCAGGCGAUGACCCGUCGAACUCUACGAAUCCUGAAGGUGACGGCAGAUAGCGUGCUGGUUUUACAGUUGGCUGUAGUCGACCUGCUGUACUGCACAGUGUCUCUGCCGCUGAGUGUUGCGUCUUACCUCCAUGGGGAAGAGAUGCCGGGGCCUCUAUGCGCCUUCGCAGGGUUCUUCCGUCUUCUCAACGCCAACGUCGAAUUCAACACCCUGGGUCUUGUGGCCCUUCAGAGGAGUUAUCACAUUUAUCGAGGACGCAGCCGCGGUGAAGCCUUCUCGCUGGGGAGGACAAGGCUGUACUGUGUGGCCGUGUGGAUCCUCGGCGCGGCGUUUCAGCUGCCUGGCAUCGCGAUGCAAAUACUCGGACGCUCUGCUUUCCUGGCACGACGCUACAGGUCAGCAGGACGAAGCGUUUUGGGCUUAACCAUUAUGUAUUGCGUGUGUAUCCUGCCUAUGGCCGUUUACAACAUCGUGGACGAGAGCGGUUACUAUAAGGAUAUCGGCAUCGUCCUAAACUGCCUUUAUUGGAUUCAGUAUGCGGCGAAUACUGCCAUUUACGGCUACACUAACAGAGGGUUUAAUAAAGCCUUUCGGAUUUUGGUGAGCUGUAGGAGAGGCGACAGAGGGCGGCAGAACACAGGAGGAGAAGGCAUCAGACACGUCGGUGGAGCCUUCAGCUGCUCCUUUAGGAGACCCGAUGACUCAUCCUGGUGCUAG